AGCCAUGGCGGGCCGGGAGGGGCUGCCCGAGGUCUGGCAGCUCUACUUCGCCUCUGUCCGCGCCGCCACCUUCCACAACUGGCCCUUCACCGAGGGCUGCGCCUGCACACCCGAGCGGAUGGCGGCGGCGGGCUUCGUGCACUGCCCCAGCGAGAACAGCCCCGACGUGGCGCAGUGCUUCUACUGCCUCAAGGAGCUGGAGGGCUGGGAGCCCGACGACGACCCCCUGGAGGAACACAAAAAGCACACUGGGGGCUGUGGUUUUCUUUCUCUUCAGAAAGAACUGACUAACCUGACAGUGCAGGAGUUCCUGAAGCUGGAAAAAAUGCGAACGAAAAAGGCACUCAAAAGACAGGUUUCUCAGAAGAUGACCAAGGUUGAAGAAAAAGCCAAGAUCCAGCGCUGUAGUAUAAAGAAUCUGGCCUAAACUGCUGCAGCUUUGUAGUUGCCAGUGACAUCUGUCCUGUCCACAUGGUGUGGCACUGCCCCUGUGACUGAAUGGCCGUGUUCCCUGAAGCUGCUUCCAGACGGGCUGUCCCUGAGAAGCAGAUGGAAUUCUGCUUCACUCCUCCAAGUCUGUCUGGGAAGUACCUGGGGAUUGAUGCAUUGCAUACAAAAUCUUUUACUGCAGGGAUUCUCCUAAUUUUCCUGCUGGCUUUUAAAUGAUUAUUAUUACUGGCUUUUAAAUGAUUAUUAUUAUUAUUACUUGUGGCUUAUGGGUUUACUUGUUUUCUUUUUUUUUUUUUUUUUUUUUUUUUUUGGGUUUUUUUUUUUUUUUUUUUUUUUGGUAAAUCCACCUGUUUAGAGAUAUUGCUGUCUCAUAGAUAUAUUGGUAGCUCUGGUGCUAAAACUUGUGUUUCUGAUAGGAGUUGACAUGUGUUUUCAUGUUUGUACUGAAUAUACCAAUGCUUUUAGAUACUCUGGGACAUAGAAAGGGGAAGGAGUUUUAAAAAUACUUCAGGUACUUGGGAUUGUGGCUAAUAACAUUGGGUUAUGCCACACCUUAGUGUGCCUGGUAUUCUUGCAAACUUCUGUUUGUAGUUGGCUGCUGCCUUGUGUUGAUGCAUUUAUAAAUAAAAGUUGAAUG